UCAACUUCCGGUUGACACGGAAAAAUAAUUUGCGUGCAGUGUUGAAGGAAUGAAGUAACUCAAAUAUGGACGUUAGUCUAGCAAAAUGAUGACGACUGCAGACGAUGCACAGACGCUUCUUCCACAGGCACAGACGACAGACCAGGCUGUGGUUAGUCCAGAUAGCGGAUGUGGGGUGACUGUAGUGACAAGAUCGCGCACCCCGAAAGACGGUCCAGUGGUGAGACUGACAGCAGCGUAUUUAACGUCAUUGAAUGGCUUAUUGAAGCUGGCACAGACGAUUGCCAGCCUGAUAGCCCUGAUCUGUCUAGUGAGCAGUGACAUAUACGGCAACUUUUUCUCUGAGCUUCCCCUGGCAUGGCACAUGUGUGUGUUUGUGUUCCUGUUUCUGUUCUCCUGUGUCACCAGUCUGGCGUGGAUCCUAGCCAACGUCACCUCAGUCAUACACAGGGUGGUAGGGUGGGACAUACAGCUCAUUGAAAUAACAAUAUACGGUGUAUAUACUUGUCUGUAUCUUAUUGGAUCAUCUUUGGUUGCAAAUAAUGUGGAUAUGUACAAAAAGAUGGAGCCACCUAUGCCAGUGAAGAUGACAAGCCCUAUGGUGGUAUCAGUGGUUCUGGGAUAUUUCUGCAUGUUUCUGUACGGAGGCACAUGUGUACGGACUUACAACCAAUGGAAAGGAUGGAGACAUGCAGACAGCAAUCAUGUUGGAAACGCUGCACAGAGAGAUCCAACUGUAGAUGGCACUGUCAGCGAUGACAUCUUUAUUUAAAUCCAUGUCUCAGUUUUGAACACGAUUUAUUUCCAAAUAUGUUUUGCUUUUUUUUCAUUCAGUGGAGGUUUUAAAAAUAUGAAUCUUUGUAUUUGUUAUGGAUAUU